AGAGAGAGAGGGAGCGAGAGAGCGCGCGAGCAAGGGUGGGCGGACAGUAGCGCACGAGAGCAUCCCGUCGCCGCGAUAAUGCGACGUGCAGCUUCUUUACUGGUUCCUUCUGAAUAAGUGCUUGCUGGGACGGUCCCUUACCUGCAGGGAUAUGACGUAAUGGCAAGAGAGGAGUUACGGAGCAAGAGACCUUUUAAGAUAUGGGACAGCUGGCGUAACGUAAGAAAGGGACUGGUCGUUAGCAAUUUCGAGGAACUGAUACACCGGGGCAAAGAGAAAUUGGGCGUGCCACAGAACGAGAAUGUGUCUCUAGUGUUGGAAUCGGACGGCACUCAGGUCGAGGACGGCGAAUACUUCAAGACCCUAGCGAACAACACGAUCCUGCUGUUGCUGCGGCAUGGUGAACGUUGGUUUCCAACGGGGGUCGACAUCAUACGCGCCGCGAUUUCAGCCAUUCCGAAAAUAGUUUGCGAGACGAUUCACGCCCUGGAGCUGCACGAUGAAACGCCGUCGUGGAAAAUCAUGGACAAUAAGGGACGGGUCACGGUGGUGCUGCACUGGGACCAGCGUUCGUCCGCGUCGUCGCAGGUGCAGCAACAGCAGAAGGUGCCAGACGCGCAGAGCUCCAAGUAUUCGCCGACAAAGAAAACCGAUCUGAGCGGUAGCCAGAGGCCGUCGCUGGUCAUUCAGACUAGUCUGGACAAGCUGAACUACGGACCGAAAUCGGGACACCUGGCGGGCGAGAUCGGUCCCAGUCGCUACGCCAGCCCCCAAAUCACUGUGAUAAAUCAUGACGACAUGGUACGAAAGCGUUCGCUCCUUCCUUUUUCUCUCCAGCAGCAGCCGCCGCAGCCGCACGGAAUCCCGGCCAGGCUGGUGAAGCAGGGUACCAACUCGUUCGACGGCACGACCAUUCAUAUCCACACGCCCGAGUGUUCGAAUCACAUUCAUCAACCGGUGGCCAGGAACGGGAGCCCGGUGAACGGAGCCGACGGCGGCCCGAGCGGGGAAUGCGACUUCCAUUGCUGCGCCCUGCACGAGGAGGGUCGUAGGAUCGCGGUGCACAAAUCGGUGGCUACUUCGCCGAUUCAGGACGCGCAACAUCAACAGUAUCAGCAACAGCACCAUCAUCCGCAUCAGUCGCAGCAGCAGCAGCAACAACAGCAGCAGCAGCAACAGCAACAGCCGCAGCAACAGCAGCAGACUCAGACCUCGUCGCCUCAGCCGCCGUCCUCGUUGUCGGACGGGACGAAACGAGCGGGUCUGAGCAAGGGUCACGUGCGAUUCUGCGACACCGCGGACGAGGAGUCGAGCUCGCGAGUCGCCGGCAACUCGACCGCCGGUUUUCAUCUGCAUCAUCAUCACAAUCAUAAUCAGGAGCACGACAGCUCCGAGUCCGAGACCGAGAACACGAUCAUGGAGGACGAGAUCGUGACCUCGGAGAAAUUUUUACUGCUCAUCGAUCAGCUCACGGUAGAUCAGAAACACCUAAGCAUCAAGGACAUCGGCAUCAUCCUCGAACGGCUCAGCUCCAAGAUCCUCGACGUGGAACGGCUCGAUCGCGAGAGCGAGAGCGAGGAGUGUUACAACUGGACGAUCAAGGCGAUCAUCCGGGGAGACGUGUUGCGGGAGCUAGGGGUCAUCUACAACGGGAACUUCUACGCCAUCUCGGAGCAUCCCGGUUACAAGGAGGAGUCCGAAGAGAAUAACGAGGAUAACGAGGAGGAGGAGGAGGAUAGACUUUAAUACGAUGCUGUUUUACUAGAUAGAUAGUUAGAUAGAUAGAUAGAUAGACAGAUUAUAUACCUAUUAAUGGUUAUUAUUAAUAUAGUAUGUAUCGAGCUGCGCGGGGAGGGAGGGGGGCUUCGAGACGAUUC